CUCAUAUCAGCCUAAAUGGAGGCAUGCCGACUUCACAAGUUGUUGAAUGCAUCACAGACGCAUACUUAUGUCUCGCUUACCGUUGGAGCCAACACGGCUCCUGGGUAGUUCACAUCGCCCGUCGUCGUUCAACCAACUGCAAAAAACUCCUUAUGGACCACAUCAAGCUGACGUCUCCACAUGACACAGUCAACAAUCCAUAUUUAGCAGCCUUCCUCUUCUCUAUUCGUAACCCUUUUCUCUUGCUUCUUUUCGGCCUUCUCGAUAUACACAUACAAGCAUGUGCCAAACGGACCCUCUUCGCCAAGCUAGUGCAAAAGUGGCACUUUGGCCCCCCAUCCAGGAUGCCAUGAUGCUUCAGAUUUGUCGCAGAACUAGGGGUCUCAGCCCCUGAUACGGAGUGUCGCCUCCCAACGCAAGAUCUUGUCGGCAUAACGCUCGCCUUCCACGGCGCGAUGCAAUGUGUUUCGUUGCCUUGCAGGAGCUAGGCAGGGCUCUGUUUCUGUGGCCCCCUCGCCCGGCUGCCAAUUUUAGGUGGUACGGCCGAAAAGCUGUUACAAGGCGCCAGUAGUAAAGGCGCACGAUGCCAUAUUCUCGUGCCUCCUGUAUUUUGCAUCAAUAGACCUUCUCUGCGCAUUUGUCUGCCACUGGCCCAAGUGCGAUUACUGUUCCAUCUUUCUCUGGCAUCUAAAUCUCACAUCUUUCUCUUUCUCCUUGUAGUCACGGUUGGCCAGCCUACUCUUGAGUUGUG